GAGGAAUAACAGGCGUAAGUAAAUAAGUAAGUAAGCAAGGUUGUUGAUAUCUUUCGCUGAUCAGUUCUUUGAAGUGAAUUCGACUAAACGUAUCCAUAGUCAUUAAUCGUAUAUCUUCCAUUAUUCAAUAAUAAGCAGGGAUGCAUAAUGAUAUUCAUUCAUUCACUUCUUUACGAAUUGCGUGACUUACUUCAAUCUUUUAUUGAUUUCUCAUUUGUUUAUAGUAAUAGAUUACAUAAUUAUUUACUAAUGAUUGUUCUUUUUUCCUUUUUAAAUAAUUAAGAUAUCGAUGAUUGUGUGGACAAAUGUCAAAAUGGAGGAACAUGUCACGAUCUUCUAGAUGAUUUCUAUUGUACUUGCCCAAUUGGAUUUGAAGGUAGACAUUGUGAAAUUAAUCGUGAAUGUUCCAGUAAACCAUGUCAAAAUAAAGGAAUCUGUCAUGAAAUUCCUGGUGGUUAUUUAUGUGAAUGUCCAAAUGGAUUUAUAGGACAAAAUUGUGAAAUUUCAAUAAAUGGAUGUAAUCCAAAUCUUUGUCAAAAUGGUGCUUAUUGUUAUACACUAUCUAGUGGUUUCUAUUGUAAAUGUUCAGAAAAUUUUUAUGGACAAUUUUGUGAAUAUCAUAGACCAUAUUGUGGACCAGAUGGUUGUGAUACAUUAAUGGAUCCAUGUUUAACCAUGUUAAUUAUGCAUAAUAAUGAUACAUUCUCAUAUCUUUCUUCUUCGCCUUCUUCUUCUUCUUCUUCUUCGUUGACGUUAACAUCUUCAGUAUUAACUCUUCAACAAUCAACAAUGAUUUUGAGAAAUUCAACUCAAUCAAAUUAUGAUAAUUUAUUAAUUAGUCAUCAUGAGAUCACAUAUCCUUAUGGUGUAUGUGGUCAACAUGGUACAUGUGUUAGUACAGAUAAUGGAGAUUAUAAAUGUAUCUGUGGAACUGGUUAUCAAGGAAAAUAUUGUCAUCAAUCAAUUAAUUAUUGUGAAACUAUGCCAUGUAUGAAUGAUGGUACAUGUAUAAGUGGUUUAGAAGGUUAUGAAUGUAUAUGUGAAGAGGGAUUUAGUGGUGUGCAAUGUGAACAUCCUAUUGAUUUAUGUCAACCAAAUCCAUGUCAAAAUGGUGGCUAUUGUCAGCAUACAUUACAUCCAGGAGAUUUUCAAUGUCGUUGUGCACCAGGUUGGUCUGGUCGUUGGUGUGAAUUUCAAACAGAUAAUCCAUGUAAUAUGGCUAAAAUUUGUUUUAAUAAUGGUAAAUGUCAUCAAGAUCAUUUAAGUCCUGGACUAUUUAAAUGUGAAUGUGAUAAUCAAUGGAUUGGAUCUGUUUGCCAGUUACGUCGACCAGAAACAAGAUCAUGUGUACAAAAAAAUCUAUGCAAAAAUGGUGCUACAUGUGUUGAUUUAGGUAACAGUUUCAAUUGUAUCUGUCGUCCUGGUUUCGAUGGUCAAUAUUGUGAAAAUGAAAUUAACGAAUGUAAUUCAAUGCCAUGUUAUAAUAAUGGAACAUGUAAAGAUCUUAUUAAUUCUUUCGAAUGUGAUUGCCCUAAAGGUUUCAUUGGAACAGACUGUAGAAUAAACGUUAAUGAAUGUGCUUCAUAUCCAUGUUCAUUUGGAUCAACUUGUAUUGAUCGUGUUGGAACAUAUGAAUGUAUUUGUCCAGAACAACGACAUGGUCGACAUUGUGAAGAAGUGAUCAUUGAAACAGAACCAAAACCUCCAGCAUGUAAUUUUUAUGGUCGAAUUUAUGAUCAUAAUGAUAAUUGGACUUAUAGCUGUCAACAAUGUCAUUGUAAUAAAGGACAAAUUAUAUGUACUGAUGAUUUUUGCGGAUAUUGGUCAUGUUUACAAAUUAUUGGAAAGAAUGAUCGUUUCGCUUGUAAAAAUGGUGAAAUAUGUCAUAUUAUCUCAUCAAAUGGUUUGAAUAAUAAUGAUUGUUUUGUACCACCAUGUUAUUUACGUACAAUUUGUUUAAAUGCUAGUCAAUCAAUACAGGGACAAUUAAAACAAUUAUUACCUAAUUAUUAUUUUAAACAAUCAUUACCUGGUUGUCGACCAAAUAGUUUUAUAUUAAAUAAUCAUUGUGCUAGAUUAUUAUUACAUUUUUCUAAAUUACGUAUGUCUUAUUCAACAACUAUUGAUGAUAUAUGUAAUGCUGUAAAAAAUUUACCAUCAUUAAAAAAAUAUCAUCACUAUGGUAGUAGUAGUAGUGGUGGUGGUGGUGGUGAUGAUGAUGAUGGGGGUCGUGGGAAAUUGGAUAUCGGUAUAAGUUGUGAUAUAAAAGCUGGUUAUUCUAUAGAACAACAAAAUAUAAUAGAAGUAACACUUAGUUCAUUGAAUGAUCAAGUUCGAAUUGGUCCAGAUGGUAGAGAAUAUUCAUUUAUUCAUGAAUUAGCUAGAAAUUUAUCUAAAGAAGCUUAUUUAGCUGCAUCAACUAAUUUAAAAUUACGUAAUGAUAAUUUGAAACUAUUCAAUAGUGGAAGUGACAGGAAUUAUGAGUUUGCCAAUAAUAACAGUAACCAUGAUGAGGAUGAUGAUGAUGAAGGCAUACCGUUACCACCGAUGUCUAUGAUUUUAGGCACUGAUCAGUUAGAUGAUUAUUGGCAUAGAGUAUUGCUUGGUAUAAUUGAAAUUCAAGUUGAUACAAUGGUUGUAAAUGAAAAUGAUUUUGGUUCACGUUUAUUAGUUCCAAUAGUAUGUGCUACAAUCUUAAUUAUUGCAUCAAUAUGUAUCUUUAUAAUAUGUUGUUAUUCUCAAAGAAAACGUCGUGAACUUCUUAUGAAAUAUACAACAACAAUAGCGCCUAAUAAUGAACAAUCAUCAAAUUUAAUAGAAGAUAUAUCAGAAAGUAAUAAUACAACAAAUCAUCAUCAUUUCAAGAAUAUAACACAUUCAAUCAAUAUAACACCGACUAAUCAAAACUAUACUUCAUAUUAUCCAUCACAAUUAUUAUGUGAAUCAUCAUUACAAACAAGACGAUUUCUAUCACCAGAAUUUCAUGGAAGACGACUAUUAGUUCAUAAUGAUAAUCAUAAUAAUAAUCAUAAUAAUAAUGGUAGUAAGAAGAAUAUCAAUAGUCAUAUUCCAUCAGGAAUUUGUACAAUCAAUACAAAUCGUGUAAAUAUGAAUAAAUCCAGUGGAACAGUUGUGAUUUAAGUGUUACGUAUAUAUACAUGAAGUUAUUAAAAAGAUUGAAGAUGGGCUCAAUGAGAGAUUGAAGAUUUCUUAACCGGGUUUCAAAUGAAAAUUACAUCAUAAACUCUUAGUAUUCAUUUAUAAUGCAUCAUUGUACAGAUUAUUUUAACGAGUGAACCAUUUCUUUUUCUGGUGAAUUCUCUAAUAAAUGCUCUUUGUAGUAAAAAAGAUAAUUAAUCAAAUAUCAUGUAGGAUAUGGCAUCAAUGUAACUUAUUUACGUCUAUUACUCCUCGUGGAGAAGCAUAGGCCACCUACCAGCACUCUUCAUCUAAACCUGUCGUGGGCAAUCCUUUCCAGCUCCUUCCAGUUCUUAUUCAUCCUUUUCAUAUCUGCUUAUAUUUCUCGAUGUAAUGUGUUCUUUGGCCUUCCACUUUUCCGCUUCCCUUAACGAUUUCAAGUUAGGGAUGGCCCCGUGAUGCAGUUUGGUGAUUUCCGUAAUGUUUGUCCUAUCUACUUCUAACAUCUUUUCUUCAUUUUCUCUUCGGUUGGAAGCUGAUUUGUUCUCUCCCACAGACGGAUGUUGUUGACGGUAUCCGGCCAAUGGAUGUUGAGUAUCUUGCGUAGACAACUAUUCAUAAAUACUUGUACUGUUUUGAUGAUGGUUGUAGUAGUUCUCCAAGUUUCAGCUCCGAGCAGUAGAACUGCCUUGACAUUCUUAUUGAAGAUUAUGACUUUGAUAUUGGCUGAAAGUUGUUUUGAGUACCAUAUGUCUUUCAAUUGUAGGAACGCGACCCUUGCUUUGCCAAUCCUCGCCUUUACGUCUGCAUCUGAUCCUCCUUGUUCAUCGAUGAUGCUUCUUAGGUAAGUGGAGAAUUUCACAUCCUCCAGAGUUUCGCCAUCAAGUGUGAUUGGGUUGAUGUUCUCCGUGUUGUAUUUGAGGACCUUGGUUUUUUCCUUGUGUAUGUUGAGACCUCAUAAUGCAGAGGCUACUGCUACACUAUUUGUCUUCAUCUGCAUAUGAUAGCAUCAAUGUACGUUGACAUAAUUUGCUACAAACUACAGCGUAAAAAAGAUUAAAUGAAUAAAAUAUAUAAAGCAGAAGUUAAGUGGUGAUCUAUGAUGGUAGAAAAACAUAGCACGGAUAAUAUAAUUGAAUUUUGAACACUUACUACCUACUUACGUCUGUUACUCCUAAUGGAGCAUAGUCCUCUGGCCAGCAGUCUCCAACCCAUUCUGUCCUGAGCCUUUCUUUCUAGUUCUAUCCAAUUGUUGUUUAUUCUUCUCACGUUUUUCUGUUUCCACUUCUCGGCGUAACGUGUUCUUUGGCCUUGAGAAAUGCAAGUGAGGUCUUGCCUAGGAGCCCAUCUGGGGCUACUACCAGUCCCAUGCGCGGGUAAAGGGGAGAGUUGGCGAACCCAUCCCGUAGAAAACUAACUUGCUAAAAAGCGCUAACCAGAAUUCUGGAUACAAGGAAUAUGUAAGUGUUUAAACUUAGUGUAAAGGAGAAUGUAUGUAUCCGGGUUAUUGGUCGAUUUUGAUACACAAGAUAUUCAGUCAUCGUGAACUCCAACUAGGUAGUGUAAAAUUACUUGAAUGAUCGAGAUCACCAGUUAGUGAUAUCGUAGACUGAUAUCAUAUCUUGGUUUGGGUACCCUUUACGACUGCAUCAUAUGGACGUAAAUGAACUAAACAAAUUAUUUGGUACCCACUUCAUUUUCAACUGUGUGUUAUACGGCAUGAAUGUAUUAUCACGGAUGUUUAAGUUAUAACUAUUAUAUUACCCUCUCAUCAGUUUGCGAAUGACUGGUUAGACACACUUAUACUGUGGUUAAUUAAUCGAUAAUAUAACUCUAUUUUGUCUGAUAAUUCAGAAUUUCUAUGAGCAAUAUAAAAGUUGACAAAUUUACAAAUCUGAUAUUUGAAGACAAUUAAUAGCGUCUAAAAAGAAUAAUAAAAUAGAUUAGGCGAAUGGAUCCAGUUAGUGGAACUUUUGAUUUUCAUGAAUCUCUUAUGGGAUAACUGGAUUGACCAUUCCAUAUAUUAAACUACCCAGCGAAUACCCAUCUUACAAAGCAGUCGAUUGAAAGUAUAUGUACUUGUCGAUAGUUAGAAAAACUUACGAAAACACCCAUGCAAUAAUGAUAAAUUUAAGACAUCGGCCAACUUAGCGAAAAUAACAUUAAUGGAAAACUGGUGUCAUAAGACAGUAGACUGUGAUAGACCUAUGAACACGGUGAAAUAGACACUUAGCUUUGUUAAACGUUGAAAAACUAAUAAUAUUGUGAAUUCCUUUCUAUUGCCGAUUUCUACUCCUUGAUUCAUUAACUGGAGACAGUUUGUAACGUGUUAUCGUAAACAUAUAACCUGGUUCUCUAUUGUCAGUCGGAUAUUGUAUCUAUGUAUAUCACUCUAUCCAGUUUGGCGAUCGUAUAAUCUCGUGUCCAGAUCGUAUUCUGUUAACGUAUCGCUACAAACGACAAAUGACUUUCAUUUCACUGUCAUACUAAAAGCAAAUGUUCUAAACUUCUAGCAAACUGGGGUAGCGUUAAAAAAGCAGUCAUAUGAUUCGGACUGCUGGUGUUUUAAUGUGUAGUGCAUAAUGAACUGAAAAAAAGUAGAUAGAAACGAAUUUUUGUAGUCAACACAAAACACUUUAUUAUCAAACCCAUUUGGUUACUUAAAACCGACUUUAAUCUACAAUGUUAGGAAAGGUUAGAUAUCCUAAUGUAGGAACAAGAUUCGGAUCAGAAACAGCUAAUUAAAAGCUUUAUUCUUUAAGCUGUUUGAUAACGAGCAUAAUUGCUAUGACUACGUACAUACCUAAAAGUUACUGACUGAACAACAGGUAUAAAUGUCUCACAGUUACCUAAUUUUAUAUUUUAAAAAAAUUCCAGUCUUUAAUAUAUAGGAACAAUGAAAUAUAAUUUUGUAUCAUUUUAGAUAGUCUUUACAAACAUAUGGAUAUCCCAUGUCUUUAAGAAUCCAAGCUGACACAGAUCAUGCAGUUUGUAAAAUCAAAUUUAUCGAAAUAAACAGAUAAUCCCAAAAAUCCAUUCAUUCUCAUAUUCAUAAGACCAAUCUUCUUUAGAUGUGAGUAACUGCUCUGUAAUAACAAGUGUAUAUAGAAGAUAAUGAAUCGCUAAACAACACUAUAUUCACAAACUGACUAAUUGUCCUCGAUGGGACCAAGCAUUGGAAAUUGAAGCAAAAGAGGAACUUGAUCUAUACUCUCUGCAAGAGGGAUAGACGAAAUUUUACCGAAAAUGCCAUGUAUAUCGAAAUUGCAGCAGAUUUUUAUGAAUAAUGAAUAUCUAUAUUGGGACGUCCUUCGAAAAGCACAAGUCUCUGGAGACUCUAACGAACCAUAGAGAUUCCAUCCAAUGGAAACCUGUUAUAGCUGUCUAGAAAAUCGAUGUGGCAUCCUACGAUUAGACAAUAGCCAAAUUAUAAUGAUGUCGUAGCCGACGCUAAUAACCAUGAGUACCCGUUUUUCUGUGCCUUUUUUAUUCAUACCCUAUAAUCACUUCCCCUGCUUCUUACAUCUGAUUUUGCCACUGUGGGGUUCCACACGUCCGAGUGCCGUUAAUUGUAUGUCGUAUUUUGCAGCAAUCAAGUAGAAGACAUAACAAUCCAGAUUUAUUGAGAAAAAUCUGAAGCCAAAACAACAAUGUGAAACAGUGUCUAUAGCACCAAAGAGGAAUCUUUCUUUAUGGAAACUCAAUUUAAAAGAGCUACUACAGUAGCACUCUGAAAGACUUUCGAGAUCACUGAGAAAAACUUUCUAAUCGCUUAAGCUUUGUAUUAUAUUUACCAGUCGGUCCAUGAUUUGUAAUUGUGUGGAGGAUAAUCUCCCGCUUUUGGUUUGAUAAAUCUGCCCUUUCGAAAAGCAUCUCUGGACAUUAAUCUACAUACAUGUCUAAAGGAUUGAGAAAGUCUGUCAAAAGCUUUUAUCUUGAAGCACCUAUUCAAUACUAGUCAUUCUGCUUCACCAGAAUCCUUUAUUCUUCCAUAGCCGUAAACUUCCUUUCACAAUCUUCCGUAAUCUAUGAUUUUACUAUGAAAAAUUAUUAUUUCUACUUUUUUUUUCAAUUAAUAUUUACAACUAUCAAUUGGUCAUCAUUAGAACAUUCAAUUCUGUUGUUCUUAAU